AUGGGCCCGCCGGCGAAGCUGAUCCGCCGCGACCAACAGCAUGUGGAGGACUUAACCGUGGUUCCUGAGUGGAUCCCGUUUCCGUCCACCGUCGCUUACAGGCUCUACGAGGUGAUUGGCAUCCAUGACUGCAUGGACCCUGAAGCUCCCGAUUUCUUCCGAUUGGCAAAGGUGAUUGAAGGCUGCCGAUUCGUGGCUAUCAGGAGCUGCGCCGGGUUAGAGGGUGAUUCAUUGAGUCUCCUCGAAAAGCUCUACCAAAAGCCUGUCGUUCCGAUGGGGUUGCUUCCGGCGAAGGUGAACGAUAGCGAGAGAGCCGAGAACCGGGACUUGUUAAGCCUAAGACAAUGGCUUGACGAGAAAAUCCAAAACUUCGUCCUUUAUGUUGCAAUCGGUAGUGAGUUUACUCUGAGUCAGGAUGAAAUGAACGAGUUGGCAUCUGGAAUAGAGAAAUCUGGCUUACCCUUCAUUUGGGUGGUUAAAACCAAAGAUGAUCCGAUUAUAACCGGGUUCGAGUCUCGGGUUUCAGGUCGUGGUUUAGUUUGGGCCAAUUCGGCUCCACAAAAGCAAAUCUUGGCCCACCCAUCGAUUGGUGGGUUCUUGACCCACUGCGGCUGGAGCUUUGUGAUCGAGGGUCUCGGGUUGGGUUGGGUGUUGAUUAUUUUCCCUGGGGGCUUCUUCGGAUCUAGGGUUGGUGGCAAGACUCCUUGA